CCAGUAAUCUCACAAUGGUAGAUUCAAUUCUCCCAAACAAUUGUUUCGAUAAAUAACACUUUCUUUAAUGGCAAGCCGACCACCAAGAAAAUCGCGAAUAUUCGCCUCAUUGCAAAAGGGAACCACAGAUUUGAGUCGUUUGAGUUGAAUGGGCUUGCUUGCGGUCCUCUUCACCAUCGUCCAGCUCAGCUGCCCCCAACGGGCAGAUGAUUGCUGCUGCGUCCAGAAGAUGUGGCAUUUGACCGAAGUUCCGGGAUCUGACUUAGUCCCUCAUGAGGCCCAGGCCCAGGCCCAACCCCAACCCCAACUCAUGUCUCCCCCUGCCAAGAAAAUGCGCAAGUUUUCCACACCCGGCCAAGACCCUCUUUGUCCGUAGGUAUCUACAGUCGCCUUCUCCACUGUGGCCUCAGCUUGGGGGCGAAUGUCAACUCUUGACAAGACUCGAUCGCAUCCGCCCUCGAUCGCUUCGUGCUUUCAUCCCCUGCGCUCGAUUUCCAUGGCUUUGCCGAAGCCAAUUUGAAGAGAAGUGGAAGGAGCUGCCCCUCCCGCAGUCCCCACGAGACUUCCCUUUCGAGCUCGUUCGUCCCGUUGGGCCAAUGCUGCCAGGGAGGAAAGUCCAGCUCAACCGAUUGCGUGGGGGCAACAACAAGCACAUCUGGGGCCUGGGCCAUCCGUGGUUGCGAGAGUUUAGGCCUCACGAUUGUACCCCAUUUGAGGACACAGAGAGAAAGAGCGACAGAUUGCCGCCGUCUAUGGCUUCGUGCACUGUGGAUGUUCGGUCUUGCUCAUGUUUUCAUUCAUCUAAUGCAAGGCCAAGAGAAGAGACGAGGUUCGAUCUGCGCAAUCUAGCACCGUCGGCAUUUAUUCGAUGAGUAGAGACAUCCACGGACUCACUCACCGCCUGCCUGCCUACAACAUCAGAAGCCCGGGCGCUUGUUUGGCUCGGCGCCGAACAGUGCACAUCGAAUGGGCAGGACGAGGGAGUGUCUGGGGGAGGGAGGGAUUCCCAGUGCAGUACGCAAGUAUCUCCUCGCCCCGGUCAAAAGCUGCAUCUCGCGCAUCUGGCGCGCGCGAGAGAGAGGAAGUUCCGCUGAUCUAUCAGCGCAGCUAAAAUGCCACCACGUCAUGCGCCCCCCACCUCGCGCACGCUCUCUCGCGGUUCGGCGCUCGGCAGGAUGGACCAUGACACGCACAAGCCCCAAAAGACGGCCUUAGCCCAAGCCCGCUACCAGCCCCCACCGG